ACUAGUGACGUGAUCUUGGUUAGGAAAACAGUGCUAGCGCCAGAAUACUUUGCCGUGCUGCAUCAGGAUGACGGCAUUUUUGUUUUAGUAUUGCUAUUAUCGUUUUUGCGAAAAGCGUUUCCUUCCUUUUUCGUCACUGUCCGGAGGAAAAACGAAUGACAGCAGACGGUUCUGUUGCAUCUUUUUCUGACCAAGUGACCACUUUUAUGCAAUCAUCCAACUAUUAGAUGUGACAUCGAUGUUAAUCAGCAGAAGCCACCAUGUCUUGAGUACAGAAGGGCCCACUAGAGGCCUCCACCCCCACCAUGGACCAACUUCCCCCUCCACCAUCCAUCACCUCAGCCCUUCUGCUGGCCCCGCUCUAGUCCCUAAUCUCCCUGCACAUGUGAGGAACAGGCUUCCCUGCCCUGGCUCUGUACUGGGCCACCCCUCUGGUCCUCCCGGAGAGAUGAGCCUGCCCAAGCACCAUCAGUUUGGUAGUGGCAAAGGCGGAGUAAUGGGCUCUGACAGGGAUCUGCAAUCCACUGCCUCCUCCAUUUCGCUGUCCUCUGUGAAGAAAGCUCCCAAGAAAAGGCGCCUGUCCCUGGCCUCUCUUUUUAGGUGGCGAGGACGGGAGGCCAAAUCAGUUCGCCGAAGGUCUCAUGAUCUGCCAAACCCUGCUCCAGGUGGGCUUACAGGAUUGGACGGUAUUGCUAGCGUUGAGAGCAUCCACUCCGAGAUGUGUUAUGAAAAAAACUCUGCCUUCUUCACUGUGACUGGGACAGAGGCUCCCUCCGCUGCUUUUGUUGCUGCCUCCACCUCGUCUGCCUCGGGACCUUGUGUAUCAGCCUCCACCCCCUCUUCUGCCAAGCUGGGUAGUGGAGUUGGGGUGGAGUGUUUGGAAUGCCCUCUGUGCCUUCUGCACCACCCUAAGGAGAGUUUCCCUGACAUCAUGACUUGUCACCACCGGUCUUGCAUUGACUGCCUACGGCAGUAUUUGUGCAUUGAAAUCUCAGAGUCGCGUGUCAACAUUAGCUGCCCCGAGUGCUCAGAGCGUUUCAAUCCAUAUGACAUCUGCAUGAUUCUUGGUGACCGUAGUCUGAUGGAGAAAUAUGAAGAAUUCAUGCUCAGAAGGUGGUUGGUGGCUGACCCGGACUGCCGGUGGUGUCCAGCGCCCGACUGUGGGUAUGCAGUUAUUGCCUUUGGUUGUGCUAGCUGCCCUAAAAUCACAUGUGGAAGGGAGAGUUGUGGUACAGAGUUCUGUUAUCUUUGUAAGCAGCUGUGGCACCCCAACCAAACCUGCGACGCAGCACGACAGCAGAGAGCCCAUAGUCUUCGCCUGAGGACAGUUCGCUCCUCAUCCCUCAGCUCUAGCCAAGACAGUGGAGCCACAGCCGAUGACAUCAAGCCAUGCCCACGCUGUACUGCUUAUAUCAUUAAAAUGAAUGAUGGCAGCUGUAACCACAUGACUUGUACUGUCUGCGGCUGUGAGUUCUGCUGGCUUUGUAUGAAAGAGAUCUCAGACCUACAUUACUUGAGUCCGUCAGGUUGUACCUUUUGGGGGAAGAAACCGUGGAGUAGAAAGAAGAAAAUUCUUUGGCAAUUGGGAACACUGGUUGGUGCCCCUGUUGGCAUUGCACUGAUCGCUGGCAUAGCGAUCCCUGCCAUGGUUAUUGGCAUCCCCAUCUAUGUGGGAAGAAAGAUUCACAAUCGCUAUGAAGGUAAAGAUAUCUCCAAAGACAAGAGGGCUCUUGUGAUUGCAGGUGGCGUGACGCUGUCUGUCAUUGUGUCUCCACUGGUUGCAGCAGUCACUGUUGGCAUUGGAGUUCCCAUUAUGCUUGCUUAUGUUUACGGUGUGGUGCCCAUCUCUUUGUGCCGGAGUGGGGGCUGUGGCGUGUCUACAGGCAAUGGAAAAGGUGUUCGGAUAGAAUUUGAUGAUGACAAUGACAUGAAUGUCGCCACUGGGACAGCAGCCACUGAUUCCACGUCUGUGGCAGACACUCAAAACAAUCCCAGUAUCAGCGAAGGCAGUGUUGGGGGUCUGACAGGCAGUUUGAGUGCCAGUGGCAGCCAAAUGGACAGGCUUGGGGCUAUGAGGGACACCCUCAGUGAGACAGCAUCCACUACGGCCCUUGCCGGAGCAAGCAUCACUGGCAGCCUCUCCGGCAGCGCCAUGGUCCACUACCUAAGCAGGUUGGAAGUGCAAGCUGAUGUGCAAAAGGACCAUUGCAGUCUCAGCGGUGAAUCUGGUACUGUCAGCCUCAGCGUAAUCAGCGACAAUACGAGCACGAAAGCCAUGUCUGGAUCUGUUAUGACUGCUCACAUUCCCCUUGAAAGAGAUGCGACCAGUAUGGAAGUCCAGGUGGAUAUUGAAUCCAAGCCUGCCAAGCUACGCAACCACAGUGGCAGCAGCAGCAUGGAUGACAGCAGCCAUGUGGGCCACUGUGGCUGGACCUCCCCAUCUAACGACUGCUUGACGUCCGAGGGCCGAGGAACAUCCGCCAAGUGCCUGUCUUUUACCAACUCGGGAGGCAAACUGCAGAAGAAGGGGGACAGAGGUACAAAGAUCAACGAUACAAGGGAGGACAUGGAUGCUCAGCUUUUGGAGCAGCGUAGCACCAACUCUUUGGAGGUUGACUCUCCUUGUCUGAGCGGCAGUCUGCCCUCCGUUUCAGACUCCCAUUGCAGCCACUUCUCGGAGUUCAGCUGCUCCGAUCUGGAGAGUAUGAAAACGUCGUGUUGCCACGGCUGCGGCGGAGGCAACUAUCACGCACACUUCGCCGCCGUCAGCCCCUUACCUGAGGUGGAGAAUGACAGGCUGGAGACCAGCCCCGCUUCACGGGCCCCAUCCCAAGUUGCCCGCUCGCCUCCCUCCUCUCAUGCUGCAGAGCUCUCCUCCCUCCACUUCAUCGCAGAGAACAUCAGCCUGGUGUGGGACUCUCAGAGAAACACUUCACAGUUCAUAAAAAAAAGCAACAAAAAUCACCACCCACUACAACAUAGCAAUCAAACUCGGCACAGGAAUCAACGCAUGCAGACUGACGUAUAAAAUAUCAAAAUCACAAAUGUUGCAUAGAUUCUCCACCUUUUCAGUCGGUCAAGUCACAACCUUCAGAUCAACAGAAAUCGGUUCAUGGAAAAAAGACCCAGAUGGAUGCUUGCAUGUCAACUGGCUGCAAAAUGCUCUGUCAUCAUUGGUGGGAGGAGUUGUUGGAGGUUUGAGAUGAAACCACUGUGCCACCUUGGAUCAGUGCCACAGUCUUGUUGUUCCUGUGAAGAGAUGCUGCUCCGUUGAAUUGUGUGGUGCUUCUUUAGAGGCCGUGAUUGAGAACAGAGGGAGUCACUUACUUUGGAUGCUAGGAUUCCAUGAAAUGCUAUGGAAUGUUUGAUCAUGCCUCAUUAAGGAGGAAGAGUGUGUGUUUAGUUUUUUUGUUUUUUUUUGCGUGUGUUUGUCCACUCAUGGUGCCUUUAAAAGCAGUACGUGUUCUCCGUAUCUCUCGCUCUCUCCUGUUUGUCUCAAGACCUCCCUGACAUUGACACAUUCCAUACUGAAGAAUGUGGGUUACUUUAAUUACCAAUUCAGAGCCAAGUUAAACCUGCUAAAUGAACACAUUGCAAUUGCCUACCAAAGACAGCGCUCAGUCUCUUUGAUUUGUUGCCAGCUGACACACUAGUGCGUUUUUUUUUACGGCAAUGAACAAUCCAUAUUUUCUACACAGUUGCCUGUUUUUUCUGUAAUAUUGUUAAUCCACAAGGUUCUAGACAUACUGCAUGCUGUUGCGAUUUGUCUACCUUGUUAAUUUCUGCCACUGUUGUGUUGGCUAUCAGUGCUGCUACACAGACUUGUGUAUUAUUUAUUUAUUUUUUGUACACAGCUGUUUCACCUGACCUUCUGCUCAAUAGCUGCACCAUGUAGGUGGCUACAAGCAGUUUGAAUUGUAAUUGGACCCAGAAAUGUUACUGAAUCAACUUUUUCAUUCUAUUGAGUGAAGCUACGUGCUACAACCCACAACAAAUUUCUCUAUCACCAAAACUGGUCCUGACUUAAACACAUUUGUGCCAGAUGGAGUUGUGUAGCGUAUUGUAGUUAUUUGCUUUAGUACAGAUGUGUAAGUGCAUAUCAAAUUCCAAAAUAAAAAACACAUUUGUUCUCAUGUUUACAGAAUUGUGUCCUUCCGAAAUCGUUUUUUUUUUGUUUUGUUUUUAAUGCCAUUUUCAAAACUGAGACAAUGGAUCCAAACUGUUCCAGCGUGAAAAUGUUUUAUUCAUUCAGGACACUUGAUGUCAAUUUAAUGUGUGUGUGUGUACUAAAGUCAUUUUAAUUUCUGAUUGGUUUGAGUCUUGAGUAUUCUUUAAUCAUCAUGACAUCAUUGGA